AUGACAGAGUCUCGCAGAAAAAACGUUAUUUACCUUGGCCCUCAGGGAACUUAUACACAUCAAGCGGCGCUGCAACAGUUUGAUGAUCACGACCAAUUUGAUCUUAUUCCAGCGAAAUCAAUUCCGGAGUGCCUUGACGAGUUGGAAAACAAUCCAUGCAUUCAUUAUGCUGUCAUACCAUUGGAAAAUUCCACUAAUGGACAGGUUGUGUUCUCAUAUGAUUUACUGCGGGAUAGAAUGUUGAAGAGUUUGAACCCUGAUACCUCGAGUAACAGAGUAAUACCACCACUACAGAUCAUUGCCGAGCAAUAUGUUUCCAUUGAACACUGUCUGAUAUCUAGAGAACAUCUUACUAUGUCAGAGCUUGGAAAGUACAAAAUUAUCAGGGUGUAUUCACAUCCACAGGUAUGGGGCCAGGUAAAUCAGUAUUUGAAAGAACUUCAACAAGAAUACCCGAAUACAACUUUCGAAAAGCUAGAUACGAGUUCGACUUCUGAAGCUGUAAUAAAAGUCAUGGACUCGAAAACAAAUGAACACGAAAAUGUAUUGAACUUAGCCAUAGCGAGUGAAUUUGCGGCAAAAUUAAACAAGGUCAAUGUACUUCAAAGAGGAAUCAACGAUCAACUAGGUAAUACAACAAGAUUUAUGGUUUUCAAAAAACGAAAAGAACAGUCGCCAGCUAUGAAAUGUGCCGGAUCUAAGGUCAAUCUGCUAACAUUCACAACGAAACAAGAUGAUCCCGGCGCAUUGGUUGAUGUUUUGACUGUUUUGAAGGAUUAUUCUGUUAAUAUGUGCUCUAUCAAUACCAGACCCUUCAACACAGUGACGUUAGAAAGGAAAUGGCAAUAUGUCUUCUUCUUGGAGUACUACGAAAAUAACGAAAAUAUCGAUUGGACAAAAUUCUAUCAGCAAUUUGGAUCAUACUGUCUUGAGUGGUGUCUCUGGGGCACAUUUUACAGGGAUCCAAGAUACUACAACUAA